AGCGUCCCGGGAAGGGGAGGGUCCUGAGGCGCCGAUGUGUCACCUACCUAGAACACGCCUCCCCGCCAUGUAAAUCUCCCAAGAGGAGGGCGUACUGUGCCGGAGCUGCGCCCCCCUCGUCAGCCAGUGUCACUCAGAAAGCGCGGGAGAUUGCGGCGGGGCGGGGUCACGUGAUCCCGGGGCCAUUUGAAAAACUGAGGCGGUCGCGUGCUGCCGGGUGUAUAUCCGUUUUGCUGUGUUUCGUUGUUCGCUAGUUGCCUACCCGUAUCUGUCGGUGACCGGCGCCCCGUGUCUCUAGGCUUCCCUUUUCCGCCGCCCGGCAGCAUCCCUCCGUCUCCUCAGCACCGGUGCCAGCGUUGGCGGGAAAGUCUCCCUAUUUCCCGCGCUCUCCUCUGUGCCGUUGUCACCGCCGGGUGCUACUCCCUGUCUGAACCGCAGCCAUGCCGGCCCAGGCCUCCUCUCCUUCCCUGCCCGCUGACGUCAGGAAGCGGCUGAAGGCUUUGGAUAAAGAACAAGAUGGCCUGACUGACAAGGAAUGCAUAGAGCAGAAGCUUAACCUGGUGCUGGACUACCUGGAAGCAGAUGCUAAAGACAAGUUGACUGAUCUGGAGACCAAGCUGAACAAAGAUGAGCUAUCUGAGGAAGGUUAUCUUACAAAGGUGAAAGCUUUCUUAAGGAGAGAGCUUGGCCUUGAAAAUGGCACUCUCAACGGGGAACCCAAUGGCUGCUCCCCAAAUGGCACCUGUGGCAGUGACGAGGAGGAUGUCGAAAUGGAGGAGGCUACAACACCUGGGCUGAAAGGCCGCAAGGGCAGAAAGAGCAAGACAAACGGAGAGAAAAAGUCUUCUACCCGUGCACGACCGGCAAGAGGUGCAAGCAAACAGCUAGGUGCAAGCAAACAGCCAACCAUCCUGUCCAUGUUCUCUAAAGGGCCCAGCAAGCGUAAAUCUAAUGAUGUGAAUGGUGAUGUAAAAGCAGAGAAAGAAGUGUCCAAAGAGGAAGAGCAAACAGAAGAUAAGGAGCAAGAAGAGAAGGAGCAAGUAGAGAAGAAGCUAAAAGUUGAAACUGUCCAGGAAGAUGAACCUGUCAAAGAGGAAACUCCAAAGGUGCAGUCUGCACAGACACCUAAAACCCCUCCACCAAAAUGCAUGGACUGCAGGCAGUAUCUGGAUGACCCUGAUCUUAAGUACUUUCAAGGUGACCCAGCUGAUGCAUUGGAUGAGCCAGAAAUGUUGACUGAUGAGCGUCUUUCCCUAUUUGAUGCCAAUGAGGAUGGCUUUGAAAGCUAUGACGACCUUCCCCAGCACAAAGUUACAUGUUUCAGUAUUUAUGACAAGAGAGGUCAUCUAUGUCCCUUUGAUUCUGGUUUGAUUGAGAAGAAUGUUGAGCUGUAUUUCAGUGGUGUUGUGAAGCCAAUAUAUGAUGACAAUCCUUCUCUAGAUGGUGGCGUAAGGGCAAAGAAACUGGGUCCAAUUAAUGCUUGGUGGAUAACUGGCUUUGAUGGAGGGGAGAAAGCUCUAAUUGGCUUCACAACUGCAUUUGCGGACUAUGUUCUGAUGGAUCCCAGUGAGGAGUAUGGUCAGAUCUUUGCCUUGAUGCAGGAGAAGAUUUAUAUGAGCAAAAUAGUAGUGGAGUUCCUCCAACACAAUCCAGAUGUGUCCUAUGAGGAUCUUCUCAAUAAGAUUGAAACAACAGUCCCUCCAGCUGGUCUUAACUUCAACCGUUUCACCGAAGACUCUCUGCUGAGACAUGCUCAGUUUGUGGUGGAACAGGUAGAGAGCUAUGAUGAUGCUGCUGAUAGUGAUGAACAGCCUGUCAUUAUAACACCUUGCAUGAGAGACCUGAUCAAGCUGGCUGGUGUCACACUAGGAAAGAGGCGGGCAGCACGGAGACACGCGAUCAGACAUCCCACAAAGAUUGUGAAGGACAAAGGACCCACGAAGGCAACAACAACCAGGCUUGUGUAUCAGAUCUUUGACACCUUCUUCUCUGAACAAAUUGAGAAUGAUGAAGAGAAGGAGAACUCCAAGCGCAGGCGCUGUGGGGUUUGUGAGGUUUGUCAGCAGCCAGACUGCGGCAAGUGCAAAGCCUGCCAAGACAUGGUGAAGUUUGGAGGCAACGGCCGUAGCAAGCAGGCCUGUCUGCAGAGGAGGUGUCCAAAUUUGGCAGUCAAAGAAGCUGAUGAAGAUGAGGAAGUGGAUGAUAACAUCCCAGAAAUGCCAUCUCCUAAGAAAAUUCUGCAGGGCCGUAAGAAGAAACAGGAGAAAAAGAACAGGAUAUCCUGGUGUGGUGACCCAAUUAAGAUUGAAGGGAAGAAGGAAUAUUACCUUAAAGUGUCCAUUGAUUCUGAAAUUCUUGAAGUUGGUGAUUGUGUAUCUGUGAGCCCCGAUAAUCCCACCGAGCCCCUGUAUUUGGCCAGGAUCACCUCCAUGUGGGAGGAUAUCAAUGGCCCAAUGUUUCAUGCUCACUGGUUCUGCCUGGGAACAGAUACAGUCUUAGGAGCCACGUCAGAACCUCUGGAACUCUUUCUUGUGGAUGAGUGUGAGGAUAUGCAGCUGUCCUAUAUUCAUGGCAAGGUCAAUGUGGUCUACAAAGCACCAUCUGACAAUUGGUUUAUGGAAGGUGGGGUGGACAACGACUAUGUGAUAGAAGAUGAUGGGAAGUCUUAUUUCUACCAGCUGUGGUAUGAUCCAGAGUAUGCACGCUUUGAGACUCCACCAAAUCCACAGCCAACAGAGGACAAUAAACACAAGUUCUGUAGCAGCUGUGCCAGGCUAGCUGAAAUAAGGCAACGGGAAAUGCCUAGAGUCUCUGAUAUAGCAGAAGAUCUUGAUGAUCGAGUCUACUACAGUACUGCUACAAAGAACGGUGUGCAGUUUAAGAUCGGUGAUGGUGUAUUACUCCUGCCUGAUGCCUUUACGUUCAGUGUGAAACUGAGCAGUCCUGCAAAGCGGUCACACAAGAAGGAUGAUGUGGAUGAAGAUCUCUAUCCAGAAUACUACCGCAAGUCUUCUGACUACAUUAAGGGUAGCAACUUGGAUGCCCCAGAGCCAUACCGGCUAGGUCGCAUCAAGGAGAUCUACUGUAACAAAAGAACCAACAAGAAACCAAAUGAGGCGGAUAUUAAACUGCGCGUGUAUAAGUUCUACAGGCCUGAAAACACGCACAAGGGUAUGCAAGCCAGUUACCAUGCAGACAUUAACAGUGUGUACUGGAGUGAUGAAGAGGUGACUGUGGACUUCAAAGAUGUCCAGGGUCUCUGCAAAAUAGAAUAUGGGGAAGAUCUGAAUGAGUCUAUUCAGGAGUACUCUGCUGGAGGAUCAAACAGAUUCUACUUCUUGGAGGCCUAUAAUGCAAAGUCAAAGUCCUUUGAGGAUCCCCCUAACCAUGCUCGCACCUCCAUGAACAAAGGGAAGGGAAAGGGCAAGGGGAAAGGUAAAGGAAAAUCAUCUGUACCAUCUGAAAGUGAGCAAAAACUCGCAGAGGAUCAAGUGCCUAAGCUCAAUACGCUAGAUGUAUUCUCUGGCUGUGGUGGUCUGUCUGAGGGGUUCCAUCAAGCAGGUAUAUGUGAGACCAAAUGGGCCAUAGAGAUGUGGGACCCAGCAGCCCAGGCUUUCAGAUUAAACAAUCCUGGAACUACAGUCUUCACAGAAGACUGCAAUGUUCUACUGAAGCUGGUCAUGUCAGGAGAGAAGACCAACUCUCUGGGCCAGAGGCUACCCCAGAAAGGAGAUGUAGAGAUGUUGUGUGGUGGCCCUCCCUGCCAAGGCUUUAGCGGUAUGAAUCGGUUCAAUUCCAGAACCUACUCAAAGUUCAAGAACUCCCUUGUUGUAUCUUAUCUAAGCUACUGUGACUACUACCGUCCUAAAUUCUUCCUACUGGAAAACGUCAGGAACUUUGUGUCUUUCAAAAGCUCUAUGGUGCUUAAACUAACCCUUCGCUGUCUUGUCCAGAUGGGAUACCAGUGCACGUUUGGAGUCCUCCAGGCUGGUCAGUACGGUGUAGCACAGACACGCAGGAGAGCCAUUGUACUUGCUGCUGCCCCAGGCGAGAAGCUGCCAAUGUUCCCAGAGCCAAUGCAUGUCUUCGCUCCCCGUGCCUGCCAGUUGAACGUUGUGGUGGAUGACAAAAAAUACGUGAGCAACAUCACAAGAACAAACUCCAGUCUCUUCCGAACAAUCACCGUGCGAGACACAAUGUCAGACCUGCCAGAAAUCCGUAAUGGAGCCUCUUCUCUUGAAAUUUCAUACAAUGGUGAACCUCAAUCCUGGUUCCAGCGGCAGAUCCGGGGAUCACAGUACCAACCAAUCCUCAGAGAUCACGUCUGUAAGGACAUGAGCGCCUUGGUAGCUGCCAGAAUGAGACACAUACCUCUUGCCCCUGGCUCCGACUGGAGAGACCUACCCAACUUUGAGGUCCGGUUAUCUGAUGGCACAACUACACGGAAAUUACGUUACACUCACCGUGACAAGAAGAAUGGACGCAGCAGUACUGGAGCACUAAGGGGAGUCUGUUCUUGCGCUGAAGGCAAGCCAUGUGACUCUGCAGACCGACAAUUCAACACCCUCAUUCCUUGGUGCCUGCCACACACAGGGAACAGACACAAUCACUGGGCAGGGUUGUACGGCAGGCUAGAGUGGGACGGCUUUUUCAGCACCACAGUUACUAACCCUGAGCCUAUGGGUAAACAGGGCCGCGUUCUCCACCCAGAGCAGCACCGUGUGGUUAGUGUACGUGAAUGCGCUCGGUCCCAGGGCUUCCCUGACACCUACAGACUCUUCGGAAACGUCUUGGAUAAACACAGACAGGUUGGCAAUGCAGUACCUCCACCACUAUCAAAAGCAAUUGGCUUGGAAAUAAAGACCUGUGUCUUGGCAAAGCACAAAGAAAAAGAAACAGAAUUUAAGCAAGAAAAGAUGGAAGAGAAUUAACUUUGGCCCAGAAUGCUACCUCUACCGUUCUUGUUCCAUCCUUUUUUUUUUAUUUUUUACAUCUGUGCACUGCAAACAUUAACUUGUUCGGCAUCUGUCGACUUGACUGUUUUAUUUUAUUCUUGAUCUGAUGAUAAAUGUAUUUUGAUAGAAUGGUUUUUAAAGAAUCAUCAAAUUUUAUUCAAUGUAAUGGAUUUUAUCCACUUUGUAUUUGUGGAAAUGUAGGUCUUUUUAUAUGUUGUAAUAUUUCAAAUAAAAAAUGAAAAUACUA